CCUUGCGUGUGCCGAGAUCUAGGUACAGUAUAAGGUUUCUUAUUCUGAUCGGAACAGGAUUUGCGCUCUCUCUCUCUCUGCAACAGGGACUGACUGACUGACUGCCUGCCUGGUUGGGGGGGACUCCUAAAUCAGACUUCAGACUGUCAGGACACGGGAAAUGUUGUUUUUGUCCCCUCGGUUCGCACCACAGUGGUAUGCAUGCAUAAUAUCCCGUGGAUUUUUGUCGCGUGGUGUUGUGGUAAGGCUUCAGAAGAGUAAUAGUGCACCAACUUACUUACACUUACACUUUCACUUACACUUACACGCACGUCUGUGAGGAAUUUCUACUGGAGAUCACAUAGACAGCUGGACUUGGUCAGAACUGGGUUUCGAUCCGGUUCCUUCUGCAAAUUGUUGCAAAAUCAACGACUCUGUGCAGUCUUGUGUUUUCCAAGAAAUCGUGUGUCCCUGAAGAUGACUCUUCCUCUUCCCCUUCCUCUUCCCCUUCCUCUCAGUUUUGAUUCUCGUCACGGGCUGCUCUCUUUUACGGACAAUGACGUCACUGGUUCUUGAGCUCGUCUUCACGAGAUUACAUCAGAGAGACGACAAUGGAAGCGAUCACCCUAGAGGAUAAUAAACGAUAAGCCGUGAACAUAUUUAGAAAGGUCAUGACGAGAGAGGAGAGCAAAUCCUCUGUUCCUUUCGCGAGACAACGUCACCCCCAGAUCAUCGGUGCACCACCACCACUGGAAAUGGCCGCGCCUGUACGGAAAAGUAGAUCCAUGAGUGAACUUCCGGGUCAUCUACGCGUGCCCAUCUUGAAGCGGAAGGACACAGAGCGUACCCAGGCGAGGCUGGAGGCGGGGGCGGCAGGGGUGGCGGAGCUUCAGGCUCUCAGAGAGCAGCACCAGCAGCUUGUGACUGCCACGAUGGAAGAGUCCAAACAGAAGUCUCAGCACAAGAAGCAGCGGAAGAAAGAGAGGGAGGACAGGCACAGUCGGUACCAGUCUGUGCAGGUAAAAAAACCGAUAUUUUGGAAUGUCUUGUGUCGUGUCUAGG